GUAUGUUCUAUGAGUAAAAAUAAGAAAAUAUUUUAUAGAUUAUACAUUUCUUUUCAAUGUAAUAAAGCGUUUGCAGACCUACGUGUAUGUAACAUUUUUUUUCUUAUUUUUACUCAACAUAUACUGGUGAAUGCUGGUGAAGUUUGAUCGCUUAAUCCGAGGACAUCCUGUAUAUAAUUAGUAUGAAUCAGGCAUAAACCGUGAACGAUUCCAUGCGGAAUGGAAUGAAAUUUUUAUCCUAUUCAACAAUAACACCAAAAAUGUUUUGCAAAUAUCAUUUUCAUCACAUAUUCAUUUUAUAUUCCGCAUUUUAAAAGUUUAUAACAGCUUAUGAUACUGUAAUCACGUGAUUGUGUUCUGUCGCAUAGUGGUGAAGAUCAGUGACUACAUCGGGAAAAGUUAUCUUCGCAGUUUAGAGCUCAUUAUUAAAACUUAGAAUAAUUUGUGUUUAAUUGGGCGAUGAACUUGGUUUGUUAUUUAUUUUCACGUAUCUGGUAUGUGAGAGAGAGAUAUAAAAAUUUUGUACUGUGUACGCAUCAAAUGUGUAGGAUAUUCGCCAAUUUCGAUUAUCAGUGUCAAGUUUGUCGUAUGCACAGCAUCAGGCAGUAUCAUUGCAUCGAAUAAUUAACAGUGGGACUGAAUGACUUUACACACAAGAUUCAAUCUGUUUUUUCUAAUCUUCUCUGCUCCGUCAAACCCGAAAUCAUACGCACAGAGGAAGAUUGAAAUUAUUUUAUCUGAAUAACCGAUCUGCUUCAGAUACACAAGUGUGGAAUUUUUAUUUAUGGCAGAUUAGAGUUGAUCUAUCUAUUGUAUGUAUAUGACGCAUCUAUCAAUAAAAAUUUGUUAUAAUGCAGACACCAUGUCAGAAUUGACACUUCAUAUGUGGGUGUUGUUUCAUCGAAACAUCGAUACACUUUCGAACAUCGAUGAUGUUUGUGUAUAACACUAUGAGAAAGUAACAGGAAAAUAUGCAUAAAUGCAAAUCAACAAAUAUUACACACGAAAACUUGAUUCCUUAUUGGUUUGCCGCUACUGGAAAUACAUUUAGGAUACUGCUAAGGUUAGGGAACGGGUGCUAAUCAUGAAGAAUCCAGCAUCUAAUCAUUUAAAUGGAAACAGUCAUCCACAUCCAGUUUCAUCACAAAAUGCAUCGCCAUGCAUUGUGUCUCGUUAUGGAAAUAUAUCGAACAAUUACCAGGUACUAAAAGUCGCUGGAAAAGAUUCGAAUUGUUAUAUUGCCAACAAUAUUGUACCAAAAAUUGGUAAACAGCAGCUGGUGUCAUUGAAUGGAGGUUCCAUAUCCUGCAAUAGUGUGAAUAUUAAUGAAGCCUUGGCGUGUGACGUCGCUUCUGUACCAGCUGUAAAAACCAAAGCAUUAUGUGUGCACAUUCGAGAGAAUAAGUGGUACGAUGCUGGUAAUGUGGUUUCUGUAGGAGUGGCUGGAACUAGUUUAAACCAUGCAUUGGAAAGUAUGUCCUUAGCUUAUAAUCCUGCUACAAAGCAAAUAUAUUCUUUGGAGGAAUCUAAUGAAGAGCAGUUGGACUGCAAAUCUCAAUAUUUAGAUACUUCAUGUGAUUAUAAGGAAGAAUCCUUGAAUGAUAAUUUUAAGGUUGAUGAAGAUAAAUACACAAGACUCGAAAGUGGUAGUACAAACAGUAGCCCUAGAAACAGUUUGCCACGCAGCUGCAGUAGCACGGUGUCUUCCCUUAGCGAGGUGUCUCCUUCCGGAAGUUUCCUGGGCACUGACGACCAAGUGGGAGAAAAGGCAGAGAAGUCCAAACGUUGGGGAUUAAAUACACUUUUUCCAAAAAACGUAUUUUCAUGGAAAAACAAAGAUUCUCAGCAAUCUACACCUACAAGUAGUCCAUCGAGGAAUAUAGACAAAGUAGGAGGAAGUUUAGCUCUGAUUCAACAACCGAGACCAGCGAACCUACCAGCUAAAAAUGCACUCGAAGAGGAACGUCAUCGUAAGCAAUACAAUGCCAUUUUGGAAGCAGCAAGGAAACGGGAAUUGAAAGAAGAAAAGGAACGUAAACAACAGAGAGAAUUGCAACUUAAAGAGGAGGAAAGAUUGGCAGAAGAUUCUCAUACGUGGAACGUGCAUGUACUUCCAAAAUUUGAAAGUGUUCGAAAUGCAAAGAAAGUACGUGAACUGUGGUGGCGUGGUCUUCCGCCAAGUGUUCGUGGUAAAGUGUGGAAACUAGCUAUUCCAAAUAAUUUAAACGUAACGGCGAAUCUUUAUAAUAUCUGCUUGGACAGAGCGAUGUCGAGUCCUAUAAGUGAAACAUUGUCUGCAAUCAGAUUAGAUGUAUAUCGCACUUUUCCAAAUUUAUGUGUCUUUCAAGAAGGUGGACCACUAUCUAAUAGUCUUCAAGGUAUUUUAGCAGCCUAUGCAAUUUAUAGACCUGAUGUAGGUUACGUACAAGGUAUGAGUUUUAUUGGUGCUGUGUUAUCUCUGAACAUGGAACCUCCAGAUGCCUUCACCUGCUUCGCUAAUUUAUUAAAUCAUCCUUGUCACAGAGCCGCUUUUACAUUGAAUCAGAAGCAGAUGGAUAUUUAUUAUAAAGUAUAUUCUAGUGCACUUGCGCAUAAGCUACCAAAAAUUUUUUCCCAUUUUACAGUGGCUGGUCUUAGCCCAGAUUUAUACUUGUUAGAUUGGUUGUAUACAAUAUAUGCUAAAGCAAUGCCUCUGGAUGUUGCAUGUAGGAUUUGGGAUGUUUUUCUUAGAGAUGGGGAUGAGUUCCUGUUCAGAACAGCACUUGGUGUACUACACCUGUACCAAGAAGAAUUACUUAAAAUGGACUUUGUACACGGGGCACAGUUUCUCACUAGGCUCCCAGAGAAUUUGCAGGCAGAAGCUUUAUUCAACAGUAUUAGUCAAAUGUCUACUACUGUUGGAACAACGACGUUCCAACAAAUGUUAGUCCAAUUUUCUUCGUCAUAAUUUUGUAAAUUGUGACGAGGAAUCUAGAAAAAAACAAAAGGAAUCUCAAAUGCUAUUUUUGUUAUUGUGAUCAAUGGAAGAUAUUUUCUAUGCUGAAAAUUCGAAUAUAAUUUAUAUACAUUUUAAAGAACAUAUGUGAAAUUAUGCAUAAAUUUUAUAUAAUUUUAGAGCAUAAUUCGAUGUGUUUCUCGAAAUUAAUAUCGAAAGUCUCGUGAGAAAUAUUUAUUUAGAAUCAGUGUAUCAUUGUGAGAUUUAAUUGUUUGAUUAGUGUACAGAGAAAAUGAUGUUACAUUAAACUCCACUGUAUGGGAUCGCAAUGCUGAUGUACCAAUUCAUAUAUUUAAAAUAUACAUAAUGCAAGAGCUUUUCAUAAAAUUACAAACAUACGUUCAUAUAUUAUUGCUUGAUAAAUAGACCACGCAAAGAUAUUCUGCUCUUGAGAAGAAAAAAAGGAAAACGGAAUAUUCGAAUAUAAAAUUUGAUAAGCACUAUAUAAAUUAAUUAACAACGUAUAACGAGCUUUUUGUACACGUUCUACUGAAUUUCACUUCAUCUCUAACGUCGCGAAAGUCUUGCUCUAUUAUAUGACGUAUUUCUCAUUUUCGUUUCUAUCACGAUAUUUGGAGAUCAUUUUGACAAUUUCAAUAUUGCACAUCUACAAAUAGUGAUACAUGUACAAUGAUAAAUGCCCUACGAUAUACAUAAUUGCACUCUAGCUUUAAUACACAUACUUUGAAAUACCUCUCAUAUAUGUCUCUCUGCUGAAUCUUCGCUGAAAUGUAUACCAUAUAAAAUACUCUGCUUAGAUACAUAAAUAUAAUCAUCUUCUGGCAAAAAGUUACACUAUAAAAGAUAUUUAACGCAAAGGAAAAUUUCUGUUUUGAGUAUUACGAUAAUUGUUUUCAAACAUUGUCAUAUUCUCUCGUUGCCGUUGCCUUUUGAGUCUUCCAUAACGAGGCAAACUUACGGCAAGGAAAAUUCUUUCAUAUUUACAAAUUAUAAAUGAACAGACUACUGUUUCAAAACGCUUCGAUACCUAUUAUACGAAUAAUAAAAUUAUGUGCCACAUUAUUAUAUACGUAUCUCGAUCAAAUUAUAGUAAAUUUCGAUAACUCUUUCAUUUGAAAGCUGACUGGUGCAAAUAUAGCUAUUGAGAAAUAAAUAAAUAAUUAAGCUACAUAACUGAAUAUGUAAUAAUGUAAUUCUACGAAGACAUUUUCUAAGCUUUAACGAUAUUCAAUAUAAGUGUCCAUCAUACGUGAAAUAUGAGAUUCAAUUUUGUUAUACUUUCAUAAUGAUAGUAAAUUAACUUAGAACGAUUAAUGAAUACAAUUAAUUUUGCAUGAUCUAAGCUAAGGCGGAUGAAAGGACUAAAAAAAAUAUAUGAAAAUAAUAUGAAAUUAUAUCGUACGUGUUUCUUCUAUCUGUGAACAAUAUUUCGGGUCUUAAUUAUAAUCUUUUUUCGUUUUAUGUAUUUAUAAGAAUUUACAUUACGCACAAAAAAGUAGAAUUAAUAAAAUGAUAUUGACAUCCAAUUUUUCCUCCUUCUAAUUGGCGAUAGAAUUUUUAAUUUAACAACGUUAAAUGAAACAAGAUCCCUUCUUUCAGUGGCCUUUAUAACAAAUGAAAAUAUAUAUUGGACCUUAACUAGUUAUCAUUUUUCUAUUCAUUGAGACACGUCGUCUAAAGAAACUUCGAAAACAUAUUUUUUUACGCACUAUUACAAGUUUAUAAAUAAUUUUCGUUUCGAUCAUACUCGAGCUAUGUAAUAUUACACAUAAAAAUAGUACGCGGAACGUACACAUGUAUUUCGAAAUACAGACACUAAUAACUUUGUUCGCAGGCAUGGCUUACUGCUUUAGAUAGAUCUUGGAAGCUAUAAAAACUAAUCUGAGAAUAUAAUAAUAAUAUGAAAUGUUAUAUAGAGCUGUACGAUCUUAAUUGAUCUACACAUGCGCUAAUAUAUUAUACUUUACAAUUUGAGUUUUAUUUUAUAGACAUGUUUAAGAUAUUUAUUUGGCGGAGAAUAGUUGAAAAUUAAAUGUGAACUCGAAAUCUCUUAGGAUCCGGAGAUAUCCUAAUUUUUAAUUGACAAUACUCUCAUUCCAUCCACUAUUCGGAUUAACUGAUUACUCAACGGUUUAGCGUUCGCUAAUAGAUAUUUAUAUUAUUAAAUGCAACUGUAGAUAUAGGCACAGGUUCGAAAAUAGCCGAACAGUGUUGAAACUAUAUAUGAAAAUGAAUAUAAUUAAAAUUCAAAUGAAUAUAAUUCAAUUUGCAUCUUAUGAUUACGUACAGGAAGGCAUCCACAUAUCUGCAUUAAACAAUCCUCGUUAAUUAAAUAUAUUGCUUGACAUUAUUAAUGAAAAGAUGUCAUCGGAAAUUAUAUAGGAAAUAAUUUAAAAAAACUCGAUUUUAGUUAUGAUUUAGAGUAUUUGUAAUUUAAAGUAUCAUUUUACUUUCCUUACUGACGUCAAUGUUGAAAUUAAUCAGUGAUGUCCAUAUUUAUUUACUGACAUCAAUGUUGUAAUAAUCAAUAUAGUCCAUGACUAAUUAAUUAACGACGAAAUAUUUAUAUAAUUUGUUUGUACCAGCGUGUAUUCUUAUUAUUUCAUUAUUUUAUCUCUCGUAAAUUAAUAUGUAACAGAAUACAGAUUCAUGUUAAUAUUUCUACAGUAAUAUUCAUAUAUCAAUCAUUCGAUGGUUGAAUUAAUGGAAAAGAAACGAAUUAUUGUUUAUGUAUACAUUGUAUAAUGUAAGCUUCUUUUUAAUUGUCACGAUAGUCUUAAGUAAAUACUGUGUCGUAUUUUCUUUAGAAUCUCGUUAGUUUCCUUUAAUUAAACGUGUUGUAACGUGGUAUGGUACUAGGGCCAAUUGAUUAAAUUAGCAUAAAUACAAAUUGAAUGUAUGUCUUAUCAUAUGUAAAUGUCUUGUGAGCUUACACAUGAACUGCAGUGACAUACAUGUAGGCGUAUUUACGAAUAUUAUGUAUAAAUACGAAACUUUUAUGAAGAAUCAUAUCUUUAAUGUUUCACGUGUUAUAUUUAUCUCAGUAACGUUAAAAGGGUCGAACCGUUUUUUAUUCCUAAUUAGAUGAAUCGCAAUUCCUGUAAUUUAUCAGUAUUAAAAAUUGUUCAGCGAGACGUAACAUCGUUCUAUCGAAUGUUUACAAAAGAAUCGUGUUGUAUAUGUUUGAUAUGGUGAUUAAGAUUUAAUUAUUAGAUGAAUCCUAUGAUACAGCGAAAGAGCAUAGUUGUCGUUAUAGCUACACGUAUCUUAUGCCCCAUAUUUCGUUGUUUAACAGACGUUAAAAUUACAAUGCCUAACGAGUAAAUAAAUGAUGAAAGCAGAAUUUUCUGUGCGUGCGAAAUCGAACAUAUGUGGAUGAGCGAGGAUAAUUACAUGUAUGAUCUAUAUGCGACACUUCUGUGUUCCUUAUCGUUAGUGCCUCUCGACAGAGGAACUCAUUGUAUAUUUUUUACGCGUUUUAUCAUGUACAUUUACCUUAAGUGCAAUAUCGUAAUAUAUAUUUUGUAAAAAGAAAGGUCGGACUCAGUAUUUAUUUUAUGAAAUAAUGCACAUCGGCAAUGAUGUAAAACUGUACCUAUAGCGGUGUCAGUGCGUUAAGAAACUGUCACGAAAUUUUUACACGAAACGAAGCCGCGAAACAAUGAAACUUUUGUGGUGAUUUUAAGCUGUCGAGAAUGAACAAAUUUCAAGUAUACACAUACAUACAUAUUUUAACAAAAUUUCACGAAUAAUUUUACUUGAAAUUUUCAUACUCAUAUCUCUUCGA